AUGGCGCAACUCGCCCCCCCAUCCCCCAACUCCCGACCAACCUCUGCCUACUCCUACACCCCCUCACAAAGCUACACCCUCCCGCGCUCCCCCACCAAUCCAAACCCCCCCUCCGACUCCGACUCCAACUCCGACGCCGACUCCGACCUCCCACUCCCCUUCCCCGCCGCGCUGUCCCGCGCCGACUUCCUCGCGCCCGACUUUGACGCGGCCGCCUACCUCUCGGCCCUACACACGGGGGGGCCCGCAUCACGACACCAGACGCUGGAGGACCUGCGUGCCGAGCUGCGCGAGCGCAGCGCCGCCAUCAGCGCCGAGCUGCUGGAGCUGGUCAACGCGAACUACACGGCGUUUUUGGGGCUGGGGGAUGGGCUGAAGGGCGGGGAGGACCGGGUGGGCGACGUGCGCGUCGCGUUGCUGGGGUUUCGGCGCGCCGUCGAGGAGAUCCAGGGGAGGGUGCGCGAGCGGAGGGUGGAGGUGGGGAGGGUGAAUGCCGAGGUGGCGGGGGUGAAGACGGCGGUUGAGUGUGGGAGGCGGAUGUUGGAGUUGGAUGAGAGAGUGGCGGGGUUGGAGAGGAGGUUGGCUAUUGGGAGUGCUGGGGAGGGAGGGAAGAAGGGGGGUGGUGGCGAGGAGGAGGGCGGGGAUUGGGGGGAUGAUUUUGAUUCUGCAGGGAGUGAGGAGGAGGACGAGGAGGAGGACGGGGUCGAGCUUGUCAGCAGCAGCCCGGCCAAGUUGACGGCAUUGGCGAAGGAUGGAGCUGAGUACAACCUCGUCAAGUGCCUUUGUGUAGCUGUCAUCCACAUCGUUGAUGUCCGCCUUCAACAGGGACAGGAGCGCCUUGAUGUUAUCGGACAGCAUUUGGGGGGUAAAUCCCAUCUGGCCCACUGCCAACCUCACCACACCGCUGCGUUCCCUGUACUCGUCCGCGCCUAUGAGUUCCUGAACUGUAGACUUGAGGUCGGUCGUAAUAGUCUUGGUCUUUUGGCUGGGCAUCAGACCCCUGGGACCGAGGAUUUUGCCGAGGUUGGCUUUCUUCAAUGCGUCUUGGCUGUCCUCGUGGCAGAUAAGCUUGUUGAAUGGAAUGUUGCCUUGCCGGAUGCUCUCAAAAAGGCUUUCCUCUCCCACUGCUACGGCACCAAGCUGCUGCGCCUCGGUCAUCAAGGGGCUGUCCUCGGGACAGAUAACGCCGAUGCGCGUGUCGGUUUUGACAGGGAAAGGAAGACGAAUUCGGUUCCGAAUAACGGGGCCGCUUUUGCGUUGUGA